AUGGAUGUUAUUGGACCUAUUGAACUCGCAGCUUCAAAUAGCCACCGGUUCAUUGUAGUUUCUAUUGAAUACUUCACCAAGUGGGUGAAAGCAACAUCUCACAAAUCAGUAACAAAGAAAGUGUUCAAGAUCACUCACCGAAAUUGGACAGCCUACCGGCCACAAAUGAACGGAGUCGUAGAGGCAGCCAAAACAAAUAUCAAGAGGAUAUUGAGAAAAAUGACUGAUAAUCAUAAAGGUUGGCACGAGCAGUUGCCUUAUGCUUUAUUAGGAUACCGUACUAUGGCCCGAACUUCGAUAGGAGCAACUCCAUACUUGCUGGUCUAUGAAACUGAAGCAGUCAUACCUGCUGAAGUUGAGAUACCUUCCCUGAGAAUCAUUCAAGAAGCAGAAUUAGACAAUGCUGAAUGGGUCCAAGCUCGAUAUGAGCAAUUGGCUCUAAUUGACGAGAAAAGGAUGGUUGCCGUAUGUCACGAUCAACUGUACUGA